AUGUGUGGUGGCGCUCAGAGAAGGACCAGAGCUAAGAAGCCAACACCUGUUGCUGAGAAUGGCUCUUUGGACACUGAUCUUUGCAGUUUUGACCUGCUUAGAAAAUGUUUAUGGAAACGACCGGAUAUCUUCUGACAACAUCACACGUAUUUUGGACCGUCUGUUGGACGGUUAUGACAACCGACUGCGGCCUGGGUCUGGAGGUGCAGUCACUGAGGUGAAAACAGACUUCUUUGUGACCAGUUUUGGACCAGUAUCAGAUGUUGAAAUGGAGUUUACAAUGGACAUGUUCUUCCGCCAAAUGUGGGUGGAUGAGCGACUGCAGUUCGAGGGCCCCAUUGAGAUCCUGAGGCUCAACAACAAAAUGGUGGACAAGAUCUGGACCCCAGACACCUUCUUCAGGAACUCUAAGAGGUCCCUGGCCCACAACAUGACCACACCCAACAAGCUUUUCCGCAUCAUGAAGAACGGUACAGUUCUCUACACCAUGAGACUCACCAUCAGUGCAGACUGCCCCAUGAAACUUAUGGACUUCCCCAUGGACGGCCAUGCCUGUCCUCUCCGCUUUGGUAGCUACGCGUACACCAACAGUGAGAUCGUGUUCACGUGGAGGAAGGGUCUCAUAGCGUCUGUGGACUGUCCUCAGGAGUCCAUGAGCUUGCUGCAGUACGAUCUGGUGGGACAGACCCUGUCCAGCGAGACCUUCAAGUCCAACACAGGUAUCCAUACGAGAGAGGAAGGCUUUGUGACGAAGCGCUGGAAGGACGUGCGUGUGGGCGACUUCGUCCAGGUGUUUUCCAACGAGAUCAUCCCUGCGGACCUGCUGCUGCUGCACACCUCCGACAGCAGCGGGGUGUGUCACAUCGAGACCUCCAACCUGGACGGAGAGACCAACCUGAAGCAGAGAAGGGUGGUGCCUGGCCUCUCUGACCCGAACAGUCUGUUUGAUCCUCGACAUUUCACCAGCACUGUGGUCUGUGAACGACCAAGUAACAACCUGAACCAUUUCAAGGGUUACGUGGAGCAGGCUGAUAAGAAGCUGGGCAUCGACAUUGAGAGCCUUCUUCUGCGAGGAUGUACCAUCAGAAACACAGACCUUGCCACUGGCUUUGUGGUCUACACAGGUCAGGAGACCAAGGCGAUGCUCAACAGCAACGAGCGACGCUACAAGCGCAGCAAGCUGGAGCGAGACGUGAACAUGGACGUGCUCUUCUGUGUCGUCCUUCUCUUCGUAAUGUGUUUCAUCGGAGGCCUAGGUCACUUCCUUUGGCUGCAGUCAUUACCCAGCAUACCCAUCUAUCUGGUCGGCGAUGGCAACGGCACCUGGACCCCCCCCCUACUGUCCGGCUUCUAUAUGUUCUUCACCAUGAUCAUCCUGCUGCAGAUCCUCAUCCCCAUCUCCCUUUACGUGUCCGUCGAGCUGGUGAAGAUGGGCCAGAUCUUCUUCAUCGUCAACGACUUGGACCUGUACGACGAGGAGUCUGACAGCAGGAUGCAGUGCAGAGCCCUCAACAUCACCGAGGACCUGGGCCAGAUCCAGUGCGUCUUCUCUGACAAGACUGGCACCCUCACCGAGAAGAUGGUGUUCCGGCGAUGCUCCGUCGUGGGAGCAGAAUACCCACACAACGAGAACGGUACAGGUGUUCAGCUACAUGUCUACACUGCAUACCGGGGUUCUCCAAUCCUGGUCCUCGAGGGCCACUGUCCCCCAUGUUUUAGAUGUUUCCCUGCUCCAGCACACCUGUUUCAAAUGAAUGGGUUGUUAUCAAGCUCGGUGGAGGCUGUGUUGUGUAUUCUGACAUGGCCGUCCGCCUGGAGGUCCUGGGGGAGCCCAACUCAGAAGAGGAGGUCAUCUUCCACCGUGCGACCCCCCCCUCCCCCUCCGGCCGGCCCUGGACCCUGGACCAGCCCCACCAGGAAGCUGACCGCCGUCACCCCCGGCAAACAGAGCGGACAAGAUCAAGGGAAGAGACCAGGGGGACUCGGCCUUCAGCAGUCCUCUGUGUCACUGGAGCUGGCGACCCCGGUUCCUGUCCCAGAUGGUCUAGCAGUUUGGUGUCCACCGCUGAGCACAUCCCUUCUGGCCCCCAGCCGCAACCCUUAUACAGAAAGCUGCUUCAGCGGAUUCCGGGGGAGGGCGACGGAGGCUGUGUGGAGGCGGGGCUGCAUCUCGACUUCUUCCUGGCCCUCGCCAUCUGCAACACUGUGGUGGUUUUCCAAGGCAACAGCUCAGAGACGGAAGGUGAGUGUCACACUCAGCACGUCUCGCUCCAGGAACCCUCUGGAGUACCUGUCCCACCUGUUUGGAAGGGUGGCCUCGCUCCGACACACCCUGGCUUCCUGGCAGCCCAUGCCGAACAAGACGCGCUCCACCCCCCCCUGCGACCUCGCCGUCCUGGAAGAAGACCACCCCACUCCCAGCUCCUCCACCCCCACCAGCACCAGCUCAGGGGCUGAGGCGAAGGCCGGCCCGUCGGGGAGCCUCCGUCCUGGGCUCUGUUACGAGGCGGAGAGCCCUGACGAGGCUGCGCUGGUCCACGCUGCUCGGGCCUACGGCUUCACCCUCCUGGGUCGCGGCCCGGACAGAGUGACUGUACGCCUGCCCUGGGGAGAGGAGCUGACCUUCCAGGUGCUGGACACUUUGACCUUUGACCCCAGCAGGAGGAGGAUGUCGGUCCUGGUGCGGCAUCCUGUCUCUGGGGAGGUGGUCCUGUAUACUAAAGGGGCAGACUUUGCCAUCAUGGAGCUCCUGGCUAGCUCAGACGCAGAGCGUAGUUUUGAAGAGAAGCAGAAGGAUAUAGCUGCCGUCACUCAGAAACAUCUAGACUUGUACGCCAGACAGGGUCUAAGGACCCUCUGUUGCACCAAGAAGGUGUUGAGUGAGGAGGCCUAUGAGAACUGGAGGCUGUGGAGGCAGGAGGCCAAUGCUGCCAUGGACAACCGGGAGCAGCUACGCAGCGACACGGCAAUCCAUCUGGAGACCAACCUCACCUUGUUAGGUGCCACAGGUGUGGAGGACCGUCUGCAGGAGAGCGCCCCUGACACCAUCGCUGCUCUCCGAGAGGCGGGGAUCCAGGUGUGGGUGCUUACAGGCGACAAGGCCGAGACGGCCGUCAACAUCGCAUACGCCUGCAGGCUGCUGGAUGAUGGGGACCUGGUGUUCAACAUGAGAACCAGCAGCAAGACGAUGUGUGCGUCCGUCCUGGAUUCCACCCUGGAGGAAGUGAGGAGGUACGACCAGGGCCCACCUGGAUCUGGGGCCCCUACCAUCGGCCUGGUGAUAGACGGGCCCACCCUGGCCAUGGCGCUGGAGUCGGACCUGCAGGCCCGCUUCCUGGAACUGACGAGGCGCUGUCGCUCUGUCCUGUGCUGCCGUGCCACGCCCCUGCAGAAGGGUCACGUGGUCAAGGUCGUGAGGGAGAAGCUGAAGGUCAUGACCCUCGCUAUAGGCGACGGUGCCAAUGAUGUGAACAUGAUCCAGGCAGCUGAUGUGGGCGUUGGCAUCUCUGGACAGGAGGGCAUGCAGGCGGUCAUGGCCAGUGACUUUGCCAUCUCCAGAUUCAAACACCUGAAGAAGCUGCUCCUGGUCCACGGUCACUGGUGUUACUCCAGACUGGCCAACAUGGUCAUCUACUUCUUCUAUAAAAACGUGGCUUACGUGAACCUGCUGUUCUGGUAUCAGUUCUACUGCGGGUUCUCCGGCACGGCCAUGUCGGACUACUGGAUGCUGAUCUUCUUCAACCUCUUCUUCACCUCCACUCCGCCCAUCAUGUUCGGGAUCAUGGACAGAGACGUCCCCAUGGAAACGCUGCUAGGGCUUCCGGAACUUUACCGGAGCGGUCAGGGGUCAGGGGAAUUUAAACGGUCGACGUUCUGGAUCACUAUGUUAGAUGCCUUCUACCAGAGCCUAGUGUGCUUCUAUAUACCAUACUGGACGUACGGAGGCACAGACGUCGACCUCUUCACCUUCGGGAUCCCCAUGAACACAACGUCGCUGUUCACCAUUCUCCUGCACCUGGCUAUAGAGAUAAACAGCUGGACGCUGGUCCACUGGGUGGUCAUGACGGGCAGUGUGGUCCUGUACUUCAGCAUGACCCUGGUGUACAGCGCCCUGUGUGUGACCUGCAACCCUCCCUCCAACCCUUACUGGCUGUUCCGGGAGCAGAUGACCGACCCUGUGUUCUACCUGGUCUGCUUCCUCUCCACCGUGGUGGCUCUGCUGCCCAGGUACACAUUCCAUGUGCUGAGGAACACCGUCGCCCCUUCCUCCCUGGUGCGGGCGCGGCAUCUAGGCCGCCUGCCCCCCUCCAUCAGGGACCAGUGGAUGAAGGAGUGGAGGGGGUACAGCAGCUCAGGGGGAACAGCGGGCCCCGUCCAUGCCGCUUCGCCCCCACCGCCUCUCACCCGUGAGCCCUCCCAUCCCUUCUAGCUUCCCGCCCGACACCUCGGUUACCCACUGUGACGUCACAGGACGUGACAUCACAGGAGGUGACAUCACAGGAAGUGGCAUCCCAGUCAUCGUCAUCAUACGGAGCUUUUCAGAACCCCCUUCCAGCACUGAGGUUCCACUCUCUCAGGUGGGGAGAAAGAAACUGAGAUUCAGAAUGACUCGUAUUUAUUAUUGCUGUGCCACUCUGGACAUUGUGUGCCAGAUAUGACCAGUCUCUGCCCAGUGUGCAUUUGUAUUGUGUUUUAAAAGUUUGUUGCGUAUUUAUUUUUAUCUGUCAUCUUUUUCUUUCCGUCAUGACCAUUUAAGAGAUGAGUUCAGAGGGUGUUUAUUCUUGCCUUCUUCUUCUUCUUAGCUCUCUUUUCUCGCACAUUUCUCUCUCUCCUUUUCCACCCUCUUCCUCCUUGUAAGAAGCCUCCAUAGUGAACCCAUAAGCCUGUUACUUCACUGAUGGGUUUUUAGAACACAGUGGUAACCCAAUCAGUCACACUCCCCGCCCCUCCAAAAACCAAGCACUUUUCCGGAACAACGCAGUUCAUUUAAAAAACCUCACACACGCACACCUACUCACACACACCACCCCUACACACACACACACACACCUGAGUGUGAUCUGCUCCAUAGAUGUAUGCUCCAAAUAGCCCCAUUGCAUCUUGGUCUAUGAAGUGAAGCGUUCCUGCUCAUCGGUCGUCUGUCUGAUCGUGACACACUACAGGUUUCCACCAGGCACCAGGUGUGAUGAUCAGCUCAUCAUCACAUCCAAAUCUGUUCCGUAUAAAAGCUGCCGGAUUGAACUAGAAAAACUCUCUUAUACUGUUCGUAUAAGGCUGGGCGUGGGAAUGUUGAAUGUAAUCAUCUUUUUUCAGUAUAUAGAAUAGACAAUGAUUCAAUGCAAAAUUAUGAUAUUUGAAUUGUUCAAUUAUCUUUUUUUCUUCUUUUUGUAAGUAUAUGUUUGCUCUGUAAUCCCAUACUAGGACACAGGAUAUACCUCAACUCAUCAUCUCAAUAAAUCGUGGAAUUAUUCAAUACAAAUUCUGAAAGAUAAAAGUGCAUA